AUGAGUAUUCAGGUUUGUAGGGAUACAUCAGACGCUGUGGCGCUGUACUUGCCACAGCGUUUGUAUCUCAAGCCAUUCGCCAAACUAAAUAUUUCUGUCCAGCUUCCCACUCACAAGGUCCACGGCAAGUCAAUCUCCAACUGGGAGCUCAUGGAGAAGUUGAGGAAAAUGAUCCAACCUGAUGGUUUCUCUAUGUUAAAAGUGUCUAAGCACAGUUCUGAAGUGAUACGGUUUGAAGCGGAAUUGGAGAAUCGUGCAAAGCUAGAAAGAGUUAUUUCUAGAUUAGAAGAUAGGGUGGUACAGUUAAAUGAUUUCCCUGAGCCACUGAAGGUUUGUGUUUCUGAAGCUAAGUCAGAUUUUCCAAGUCGACAUUCGUGGGAUUCGUUUUUCCGAGACGCGACUGACAUGGAUGAGAUGAAGCCAGGUGAGAGACCAGACACCAUCCAUAUAACAAACAUGCCAAUUCGGUGGUUUGUACAUGAUCAAGAUAGAAAUGAAGAUUCACCGCCUUCUGAGAAAUUGUUCAAAAAAGUGUUUGAAAAGUUUGGUGAAGUCAGACAGGUGGAUGUUCCUGCUUCUGAUCCGUUUCGUAUGCAAAUGAAGGACUCUAUGAGAGGCAUAACAACACCUCCACAAGAUAGUGCUCUAUAUUUUGAAGGGUAUGUACAGUAUAGUGCAUAUGUCAGUUUUGUGAGAUGCAUGGACACCUUAAGAGGAAAAAAAAUACUCAGAAAGAAUGACGAUCUGGCAGAAUGGUGCACUAUUCAUGUAGACUUUGAUAAAUCAAAGCAUAUGACAGAUGCUGCUGUUAAACGUCGGGCUAUAGUUAGAGAGAGAUUAUCAUCACGUCAGAGAGAUAAAGAAGAGGAAGAAAGGCUGGAGAAGGAGCGAAAAGAUAAAAUAGAAGCUAAGGAGAGACAACGUUUUGAAAGAAAUGAAAAGGACAAACUAGAAAGGAUGCGUGAGAGAGAAGAGCGAAGAAAGAAAAAGCAGUUGGCCAAACUAAUGGAAAGAGAAGAUGUGGAUUUCAAUAAGAAAGUUUCGGAUGAGAAGAAGAAAUUGCUAAAGGUUCAGAAGAAAUUGCAGGCUAUUAGGCUAAUAGAAGAACUGUUUAAGAGAAUUGAGCUGCGUCCAGAACUCCAGCGAAAUGGUGCAAAAAGUGAAAGGUAUUACCACGCCAGUGAACGAGCAGCGCGCUCUCGUAUAGUUGAUAAGUUCAAACGACAACAGGAAAAAUUGUUAGACGAACAACAGGAACUUUUAAGACAUGCUAAAGAUGGUCGCAUUAUAAUCCGGUCAGCUCUCGAGACAAAGAAGCCACGACGUGAUUCGUCAAUCAGCUCUAUAUCUUCAGAAGACCUUGACAAGAAGAGGGUUAAGACAGAAAGAUUAACCACUCCAGAAAGAGAAAAUGAAUAUAAAAAUGCAGUUGCAGGACUCUACCCAAACCCAUACGGCUAUGGGUACCCGUUCGUGCCUCCGCCUGGUUAUCCUUUUCCGCAAAGCGUGGGUUUAGGGGACGUGGUCGGGGCCGCGGCCGAGCGAGGUUGCCGCACUUCGAGGGACCACAUGCGACACAGCAAUACUACCAGUACUUUAAAAGGCUUACUGAAGUGGAGGGUCGCAAUGAGCACGACGACCGUGAACGGUCACGAUCACGAUCACGAUCGCGAUCACGGUCUAGGCGGCGCUCUUAUUCACGAUCGCGGUCACGGUCGCGACGCCGUUCGUACUCACGAUCACGGUCUCGGUCGCGCAGUCGACGUUCUAGAAGUCGCAGAACAAGAAGCAGGAGUCGACGCUCGCGUUCUAGAAGUCGGCGUUCCAGAUCUCAUCGUUCCCGUUCGCAAUCGAGGCGUCCCAGAUCACAUUCACGGCGCAGGUCCAAAACCAAGUCCAAAUCCAAGCAUCGUAGUCCAACUCCCAAGAAAGAUGGAAGCGCUGAUAGGACAUUGCGAUCUCCUGACCGAACUAGGCGGUCUAAGAGUUGGUCCAUGCCUAAGGAUGUGGAAUAAGUAUCCUAAGCUAGGAUACAUUCUAGGAAAAGAAGAAAAGAGAUAG